AUGUCUUGGGCCGAGGUCACCAGUAAUCGCUAUCAACGCCCUCUGGGCGAAAACGAGCGUCUCAUCAAAUUCAUCGGCGACCGUGCCCAUCCUGCAGGCCGUGAACAAUGGUCAGUUACGACAACCGCAACUUUCCAACCAUGCGAUAAUCGAGCAGCAACAGAGUGGGCUGCGACAACCCUUCCUGACGCGUGGAAACUUUUGCGUUUCCGUCAUCCUAGCAUAGCAUCAACGCCUGCUACAGAAAGCGAUAGUUUGGAAUAUGCGGUCCCAAUUGACAAUGAUUUGGAAUUCUGGAUGCAGGAGACUUAUUUUAUAAUCGAAGGCAAAGGUUCAGAAGAUGCGAUUGCCGAAAUGAAACCUAGUCAAUUCAUGACUCUGCACUUCCUGCCUGAUACCUGGGAUAUCAUACUGCAUACUUCUCACUGGCGUACGGACGGUUAUGGAGCGUUUCAAUUAAUCGAUGCCUUUUUUGACGCAAUAAAAGAAGUAAUUGACGGGGGAGGCCUACCGAGGGUUUUAUGGGGAGAAGAAGUCACUCGUCUUGUACCUAGCGUUGAAAGCGCCUUGGACUUACCUGAAACUGUAACACCAGAAAUAACGGCAAGUGCUAUUAAGUAUGCCAGUACUCACACAUACGUGAAAGAAAGUGUUGGAAUAUCAUAUAAUGGUGAACCUACAGCAAGGCCAGGUGGUACCAGAGCUGUUAGAUUACAGCUUAACACAGAAACAACCCAGGCAAUCAAGCAGGCUACGAACGAAACACAAUUCGACAUGUACUCAGCCGUGCAUGCUGCUUUGGCAAAAAUCAAUUUCAAAUACGGGAAACCUUUAACUUCUUCUAGACUACACGAUGAGCUGGAAUAUGCGAGCGCUAUACGUUUGAGCUUGCGACCUCAUCUGAUCAGUCCGUUUACCGAUAAUCCAUCAGUUGCUGCUGGGCUCUACACCGGCGGCUAUGUCUUCAAGGUUACGGCGAGCGACGAUUUCUUCACAAUCGCUGAGAAGUACCAGCGUGAGUACGACAAUGGAGUCACGCCCGAAUUCAUUGAAUCCCGCCGCCAGUUUGCCAUCAUCGCCUUGGGUGGUCUUCAAAGGGGCCUACCACCGCCAAAUCCCCCACCAAGCUAUAUUGACAUGUCCUUCGUGACAGGAGUAAAUGAUAUGGUGAAGCCCAUCUUCGAUACCAAAUGUGGUCCACUAGAGGUUACGAGGGUUGGACUUGGAGUGGAAACAUUGACGCCUCAACCGUAUCUUUUCUUCUGGGAGUUUCGCGGACAGCUGGAUCUAAGUUUCGUCUAUAACGAAGCAUAUCAGGAUGUGGAAGAGGUACGAAAGAUGCUGAAUAGCAUAGUGGAGGUAUUGGAACAUGAAUUACUGGGUUCAAAAUAG